ACUUGUUUCUUGUUUGUCACUUUGUCGUUUGUUGCCUGCGGCUUUCAGCAAUAUUAAGCAGACAAACCCCGAAGAAACCUCCGAUUUUGGAUCUUUGCUGCAGGCCCCCUCUUCGACGCUGGUGAAUUUCUGUGUUCUAAAACCCUAGCUAGUCGCUUCUCACGAAAAAACAAAAACAAAACCCUAGCUACUCACCAACACAUUCUUCAACGCGGGAACGUGUUUCACUAAUUCAGAGAUCGAUGACAAUUGCUAGGGUUGCAACUGAUGUGAGCUUGAUCAGUUCGCCGAUGGUUCGCUUGCUUUUUUCUCUGAUGAAGAAAUUGAAGAGAAAUAACCAAACAAAAAGAAGAAGAAGAAAUAAGUUCCCUGAACUGGUUGAAUUAAAAAUAAUAUGUUUGGAUACUUUUCUUCUCCCUGUUAUUUGAUAGAAGCCUUUCCUCCUGUUUUUUUUUUUUUUUUUUGGUUUGCAGAAAAUUGGGGAUGUAACAUACAAUGGCCAGAAGCUCUGAGUCCAAAGGACUUCUGCGUACGUUAGCCAAACAGAUGAUCAUAUUGCAGUGCUCUCUAUCAGAAAAACCUUGGACUUUGCUGCCUGAUGUCAGGGUACAAGUGAACGGUUUGCAGGGUUUGAGGAUGAUCUGGCCCGUUUGGAAAAGGAAAGGAAAAAACUUCCAAGUCCAGAGAUUGAUGCCUUUAUGAAGGCAUCCUCUGUUGGUGGAAGAAGGGCACAGUGUUUCAAUUGAUUACGUUUUAAAGGUACUUGGCCUUGUUGUAUGUUCAGAGAUUAUAUUCGGCUAUGAAAUUCUCAGAGGCAUAUCGGGAGGGCAAAGAAAAAGAGUUACCACUGGGGAAAUGAUAGUUGGGCAUGGAAAAUCCUCCUUAUGGAUGAAAUAUCAAGAGGGCUGAUAGUUCUACUACGCAUUAGAUUGUGAAAUAUUUUCGGAACUUUGUUCAUGAAAUGGACGCAACUAUGCGCUUCUUCCGCCAGUAUCUGAAACAUUUGACCUGUUUGAUGACCUGCUGCUAUUAUCAGAAGGCUAUGUGGUGUAUCAAGGACCUCGGUGAGAAGUUCUAGAGUGAUUUGAAUCAUUAGGAUUUCAAUUGCCACCACGCAAGGGGGUUGCAGAUUUUCUUCAUGAGUAUUUAGUGAAAGUGAUUCAGGUGACAGCUCAAAGGAUCAGGCUCAGUACUCGGCUCAUCCUUCAAAACCAUGAUUCCUUCCUGUCCCAGAAAUUGCCAAAGCUUUUACAGAUUCCAGAUUCGGGAGUUCCACACAUUCUACACUUUCUGUCCCAUGUUAUAGUGUUAAACAUCUCGAAGAGUCAGCCUACCAUGAGGGCCUACAUGCUGUUAAAAUCUAUUCAUUAGUCUUCUUUCAAGGAUUCUCUCAAAGCGCUCGAAGCCGAUAUCCAGCAUGCCAACACAAUAGCUUUGGGUUAUCCUAGGGAGAAGGAUGGAGCACGCCUGCAGAUGAGGCUAUCUUACAGUCCAGCGGCCAACAUUUUUCUUUUUCUUGUUCAGUGGACUGAUUGCCACCUUGCUGGUGCCCUUGGUUUGCUUAGGAUUCUUAUUUAUAUGUCCUAUGCUGAUGGCAAGACCACCAUGUCCAUCUAUGAGAGGAAAGCAAGCGUUAAAGAAUUUUAUGGGGUGAUAUUUCCUUCAUUGUUGCAACUUCAAAGAGGCAUUACUGAUGUUGAAGAUAGGAAACAGAAAAGGAUAUGUAGGAUGAGAUACCGCAGAAAUGAUGAGAAGGACAGGGGUAAACUCUCUGACAUUGACAUGGAAAGAGAAGAGGAAUGUGGGAUUUGCAUGGAGAUGAACAGCAUGGUUGUGUUACCUAAUUGCUUCCAUUCAUUGUGCCUAAAGUGCUAUCAAGAUUGGCGUGGACGGUCUCUGUCAUGUCCCUUCUGCCGGGAUAGUCUUGAGAAUGUCAACUCAGGCGACCUUUGGAUUUAUACGAGCAAGUCUGAGAUCCAUGAUUUGUGUACGAUCUUGAGAGAAGAUCAAAGGAGGCUGUUUAUGUACAUUGAUAAGUUGCCUCUCAUUCUUCCAGAUCCUGUAUUGAUUUCCUAUAAUACUCAUCUGAGGUGAGGGUUCAUUCACAUGCUAUAGCCUACGGAAACUCUGUAUAUGACAAGCGUGUUGCCUAAAUUGGAGUUGCAUUGAGCUGCAUACAAUAGUAUUGACAGCAAGAAAUUUUAA